AACGCGGCGCGAGCUAAUCCGCGCGAAUGUGCAUUGUAGAAAAGCAAUGCAUCACUCUGAAUAAUAAGCUAAUCGAAACGGGACGGAAGGCGAGGCUGCACACGUUGUACGUGCGUUUAAUACAGUGUCGCGCGUCGCGAAAAAUUAUCUGUGAACCGCGCGAUGGAUGUCAACGGAUUAUCAUGAGGAAUCUUUCGUUGAGGAAUCUUUUGUACGUAAAGACAGCACAUGACGCACAGAUGUCCAAUAAUGUAAAAUCUGAGACCUUUGAUAUGAAAGAAUUAAUUAACUAUUAUGAAGCAUUUGUAGAAUGUACCACGAAACUUGGUGAAUCACAUCUGACCAAACCCGAGGUUUCUUUCUGUAUGGCAAAAAAACUAAACUUUGUCAACGAAGAUGGUACAAUACGUUGGAAUGAAGGCAUAGCUUACUUUAAGAAAGUCGUUCAUGACACGAAUAAACUAAAUGAAAUAACAAAGGCCUUACUGCAAUGCAAAGAACAAGAGGAUGCCAAAGAAGGUACACAUGAGAAAUUCUUAAAGAUUUUUCAAUGCGCAAUGCCAAAACUGAAACUGGUCAGACAGAUGAUGUGAAGAAAUGAUGAAAAAAAAGAUUCGUAAAAGUUCUUAAAGUAUAUAGAAUACAGAAUAAUAAAAUGAAAUAUAUGAUAUAGAUAUAUAUGAAAUAGAUGAAAUAUAUAAAAAUUCUA